UCUGUGUGGCGGCUCUGCUGACGCUGCUGAUCAACGGUUACACUAGGCAUUCCCAGUCGUCAUACUGGGAAUUCCAAUAUUUCAACUGAACACCAUGAUUAAAUUACAUGCAGGUAAACCCUAUUAACUAGUUACAUGUGGAGGCAACUGGUUUCAUAGGAUUUUAUUCAGGGGUGUUGUAGUUAAUGAGGUUGAAUGUAAAUGCAUUUCACAGCUGUCUAAUAUUAACAGUAAAAAACAUUGAAAACUGUAGUUUUAUGUACAGCUUUGCGUUGGGCCAUCAUGUAAAACGCUGAAGUUUAUUGUUGCAUCGUUACAAAAUGUUUAUCUAUACACAGCUGGAGGUGAUCAAAGGACAAGCAGGUUUCAUUUCACACUUAAAUGCACAAACCAACACAACCCAGGAACCUGAACUCUGCUGCUUCUGUUACAAAAUCUUCUAAAAAAGUAUUAAUUAUUAUGAAGUAUUUGUGUAUUUGUGUAUGAGCUGAGUACAUCCUGUUUGCCACAUCCCAGUGAGACUGCAUCCCUAAACAGGAGCUCCUGUUUAGUACAGAACUGAAACAGAAAAACACAUCAAAGAAAUGUAUUUUAAAGAUUUAUGAAAGUAUGUAUUUGUUCUCUUCAUUUUUCAGAGUGUGACUCUCAGCUCUCCGUUUGUGGUCAACCUUCACCUUCACUCAACACCAGGAUUGUUGGAGGAGCAGCAGCUCCUGCAGGCAGCUGGCCCUGGCAGGCCAGUCUGCACACCUCCAGCCACUUCUGUGGAGGAUCUCUGAUCAACAACCAGUGGGUGCUGACUGCAGCUCACUGCUUUGUCAGGCUUACGGGUCAGACGGUGACGGUGUAUCUGGGUCGACAGAGUCAGGAGGGAUCCAACCCAAACGAAGUCUCCCGGACAGCAGUACAGAUCACUCGUCACCCCAACUAUAAUACUGAAACUUCCAACAAUGACAUUGCUCUCCUGAAGCUCAAUGUACCAGUCAGCUUCACCAGUUACAUAUCACCAGUCUGCCUGGCCGCUUCAGGCAGCAUCUUCUCCAGCGGGGUUAACUCCUGGGUCACUGGCUGGGGAAACAUUGGGACUGACGCCUCUCUUCCAUCUCCUCAAAACUUGAUGGAGGUCGAGGUGCCGGUUGUGGGAAACUCACAGUGCAAGUCGAGCUACGGGGAGAGCGCCAUUACUGACAACAUGAUAUGUGCCGGGUUACUAGAGGGAGGGAAGGACUCCUGUCAGGGGGAUUCAGGAGGUCCGAUGGUGAGCAAGCAGGGGAACCGCUGGAUUCAAUCAGGAGUUGUAAGUUUUGGAGAAGGAUGUGCUAAGCCAAAUUUCCCAGGAGUCUACACCAGAGUAUCCCAGUAUGAGGGCUGGAUCAACAGCUUUAUCAACACCAACCAGCCGGGCUUCAUCACCUUCCCGUCCAGCGUUUCCAGCACAACAACAACUAAACCUCAGCGUGUGGUCUGUGGUCAGGCCCCACUGGCUUCUAGGAUUUCGGGUGGAGUGUCUGUGGCGUUGGCCGGUGCGUGGCCGUGGAUGGCCAGCUUACAGAAGAACGGCCAGCACGUGUGUGGAGGGACGCUGGUGUCUGAGAGAGACGUGCUGACCAACGCCAACUGCUUCUCAGGCUCCCCUAACGCCUCUGAGUGGACGGUCGUGUUGGGUCGGCUAUAUCAGAACGACGUGAACCAGUUUGAGGUGUCGUUGGAUGUGGUCAAUAUCAGCGUGAGCAACCUGACAGGAACCAACAUCGCAGUGCUGACGCUGUCGUCCCCACCCACCCUGAACGGAUACAUUUGGCCGAUCUGCCUGGACAACGGAAGAACAUUCCCACCGGGAGCCGAAUGCUGGGCCGCCGGCUGGAGCUCUGGAGCAGGAGGAGUGAAGGAACCUCUGCAGCAGUUCCAGACAACAGUGCUAAACUGUGGGGAUGCAUCAGCAGCAGACACCAUUUGCACAGAAGACUUUACUCUGGGACAGGGCGACUCUGGUGGUCCGCUCAUGUGUAAGCAGGACGGCUCCUGGUUCCAGGCGGCGGUGCUUUCAUUGGAGAAUACCUCCAACAGAAGGAAACGAGCCAGCAUGAAGACCUUUGAAAAACUGAGCUAUUUUCAGUCCUUCCUGACCAAGACACUGGGACCACUCUUGUCUCCAGCAACUGUCAUCACCACCAUCAUCACAAAUACCACAACCCCGAUCGCCACAACAAACGGUGGAGUGACAAUGCCUCACUCCUCCUCCAUCCUCUUAGGCCAUCUUCUCCUCUUAGCUUUAUGCCUCCAAGUCUUCAGAUAAGCAGCAUUUACACUCUGAUUUACAAGAUAUGAAACAGAGAAACAGUUUGGCAGCGACUUUCAAACUCAAAACGUUUUUUUUUUCAUCCACAGAAGAAACAAAAAACAUAAAGCAAAAAUAGUUUAAAAGCUAAACCUUACAUAGUUGUAAAAUCAACCUUGAAAAAUCUAAAUAAAUGCAUCGGGGGGCGUGCUGUGGUGGCGUAGGGGAUAGCGCGACCCACAUUUGGAGGACUUGAGUCCUCGACGCGGCCGUCGCAGGUUCGAUUCCAGGACCUGGCGACAUUUGCCGCAUGUCUUCCCCCCUCUCUCUACCCCUUUCCUGUCAGCCUACUGUCAUAUAAGGGACACUAGAGCCCACAAAAGAGCCCCUGGAGGGGAAAAAGAAUUAAUAAAAUAAAAUAAAUGCAUCAGAUCUAAAAAGAUUAACCAUCAGAAAUGUAAAAACGCUAUGUCUAAUCUUCUCCAGUUUUCUUGAAGUGUGAUUUAUCUGAUUACUGUUACAGAUUGUAAAUCUGACUUGUUUCUGUUCCUUUAUUAAAACAAAUCAGUUCAUUCAUUUUCUAAAAUCAUGCUCACUUCUAUGAUGCUGAUUAAAACAUUUUGAUUUUGAGGUUUAAUUAUAAACAUAUCUAUAUAUCAAUUAUAAUUUUGCUGUCUUAAAAAAAUUGCGGAUAGAAAAUCUAUGCACAAAACCAGCGUUGCUUUGUAUUUGUGAUGUGACCAUGUGUACUAUCCAAUCCUUGAUUAAACUUGAAUAAAAUAAAUAUAUAAAAGUAAUAAAUUAAACUCA